AUGGUGGACCACUUGCUUCCAGUGGACGAGACCUUCUCGUCGCCAAAGUGCCCGGCAGGCUACCUGGGUGACAGGCUGGCCGGCCAGCGGGCGUACCACAUGCUGCCCUCGCCCCUCUCCGAAGAUGACAGCGAUGCCUCCAGUCCCUGCUCCUGCGCCAGCCCUGACUCCCAAGCUCUCUGCUCCUGCUACAGCGGAGGUCCGGGCGCCGAGGGCCAGGACAGCAUCUUGGACUUUCUGCUGUCCCAGGCCACGCUGGGCAGUGGUGGGGCCGGUGGUGGCAUCGGGGCCAGUGGCAGUCCUGUGGCCUGGGGGGCCUGGCGGAGGGCACCGGCCCCCGUGAAGGGGGAGCACUUCUGCUUCCCUGAGUUUCCUGUGGGUGACCACAAAGAUGUCCUGAGGCCCUUCCAGCCCACCCUGGAGGAGAUUGAAGAGUUUCUGGAGGAGAACAUGGAGCCGGGAGUCAAGGAGGCUUCUCCGAGCAACAAGAACUCGGAGGCCUGUGGCCAGCUCUCGGCCGGACCCCACAGGAGCCACCUCCACUCCGGGUCUGGCGGGAGAGAGCGCUGUACUCCUCUGCCGGGUGGCACCGGUGCGGGCAGCGCCCAGGGCCCAGGUGGGGGGCCUGCCCCCGACGGCCCCAUCCCAGUGCUGCUGCAGAUCCAGCCCGUGCCUGUGAAGCAGGAAUCAAGCGCAGGGCCCGCCUCCCCUGGGCAGGCCCCGGAGAAUGUCAAGGUCGCCCAGCUCCUCGUCAACAUCCAGGGGCAGACCUUCGCACUUGUGCCCCAGGUGGUGCCCUCCUCCAACCUGAACCUGCCCUCCAAGUUCGUGCGCAUUGCCCCUGUACCCAUCGCUGCCAAGCCUGUCGGAUCGGGAGCCCUGGGGUCCAGCCCUGCCGGCCUCCUCGUGGGCCAGAAGUUCCCCAAAAACCCAGCGGCAGAACUCAUCAAAAUGCACAAAUGUACUUUCCCUGGCUGCAGCAAGAUGUACACCAAGAGCAGCCACCUCAAGGCCCACCUGCGCCGGCACACGGGCGAGAAGCCCUUCGCCUGCACCUGGCCGGGCUGUGGCUGGAGGUCAGUAUGGUGGGAGCAGGCCUGGGCGCUGGAGGCCAACCACCUCCAGUUUCAUAAUGACCAGGCUGUGGGACUUGACGUCUUUGAGCCCUUGCUGGAAUCUUGCCAGUUCAACGGGACUGAUCCUGGCUUCCUGGCAGGAAGGUGCCAGGUUCCUGAGAAGGCUGCAGAACCAGGGCCUCCACUCACAGGGUCAGGGCAGAAGGGAGCGCGGGAGCUGCUGUGCUGGGCACUGCCUCUCUCUGUACGGUCCCACAGGGUCCGCGUGUUUGUGUAUGUGCAUGCGAAGUUCGCGCGGAGCGACCACCUCUCCAAGCACGUCAAGGUGCACCGCUUCCCGCGCAGCAGCCGCGCCGUGCGCGCCGUGAACUGAGCGCC